AAGGCGGGGCUUCACCGCCACUCAGUAGAUCAGCGAAACAAAAUGGCGGCCGUGGCUGCUGAGGCAGGAGCAGUGGUUCCGACCACAGCACGGUCCGAGAAUCCGCCAGAACCGGGCCUGGACAGCACCGGACGCCACCAGGUCCCAGCGGAGCCCAGCUGUGCUCCAGAAUCCGGUUCGAGUGGGAAUCCAGAGAACGGAGAAUUUGCGGAGGGCCGCCAUGUUGGUCCGGAGCAGAAGCCCGGGGCGGGACCGGAUUUACCCGGGACGGACAGAACCUCCGAGGGUCAGCUGGACCGUAGUGGGACCUCUGAUGAUGUACCGGACCGGAGUAGCGUACCCCCGAACCAAGCCCCGAGCUUGGAGCUUUCGGAGCUCCCUGUGGACUGCAGCGGCUCUGAACGGGUCUUUCUGGGACUGCCGAACUCAGACGGUACCAGCAGCUAUCGAACCAUCCCUUUGGACCCGCAGCCCCCUGCGGUUUUCCUGCACUCGGUUCCGGACCCUGCUCCGGUCUCUGAGGCCGGGCUUUCUUUAGCUGAACCGGCAGAACCUACUGAGACCACCGAACUGGACCGGUGCUACACCAUUUUGGAUCAGGAACUUGGAUCCAGACCUAAGCAGGAAUCUGGUUCGGAAGGGGUUCCGGAACCAGCUGCCAAGUUCUGUAAGACAUCAGCAGGCUCUAAACACGAAGACUGCUCCGGAUCGGUACCGAGUUCUGUGCUGGACCUAAGUCCUGGUACCGAGGUCCGAGUCAGCCUGGAGCACGUGAUCGAUGACGCGCUGGUGGUGUCGUUCCGCCUGGGGGAGCAGGUCUUCUCAGGGGUUCUGAUGGACGUGUCCAAAAGGUUUGGACCCUACGGUAUACCCAUCACCACUUUUCCCAGACGAGAUGACCGCAGCUGUCCGCCAGCACCUCUGCAGACGAUUGCCGUCGACGACAAGCCAACCACCAACCAGGAAGAGGCUUCUGCUGUUUCCGUCGCCCCCUCCCACCCCCAGCCCUGGGGCUCCAAGCCACCGCCGCUGUUCCAGGAGGGGGCGCCGUACCCUCCCCCUCUAUUCAUCAGAGACACUUACAACCUGGCCUUACCUCAGCCGCCACCACGCAAGAUCAAACGCCCAAAGCGUCGCUACCGCUGCGAGGAGCCCACUUCAAUCAUGAACUCCAUCAAGCUCCGCCCCCGGCAGGUUCUGUGUGACAAAUGUAAAGGUGUUGUGGCUUCAGGGAGCCACAGAGAGGCCCGGCGAGGUGUGGUGGAGCUGAAGGCUGAGGAGGCGUCACGUCGACGGCGGCCACCAGAUGUUCCAAUGUCCUCUGAGUUGAAACGUCUGAAGAUUGACGACAGGUCAGGACGUUCUGCCGCUGACAAGCGUACAUCAGGGACACAGGUGACUUCCUCUUCCCGCCGUGUCCUGAGGGGUGUGGUUCCAUCCUCAUCCUCAGCAGAUUCCUCCAGCCGGAUGCGCCUGAAGUUAAACUCUAAGAAGGUUCUAACAAAAAGUUCGGACCGCCCCACCACCCGCAAGGUUCUCCAGAAGUUGGCCCCGCACCACCGGCCCAAAGACCAGAACCAGGACCACAGAAAGGCAGUGACCCGGGCUGCCGCUCUGCAAAACCACAAUCAGAAGGUCCACUUUACUCGUCGCCUGCAGCACCUGAGCGGCACCAACAUAAGCACGCCACUGCCGCCCAGAAUGCGCCUCAAACCUCAAAGGUACCGUACCGAUGAGCCAGCCCCAUGCUCCGCCUCCGAGGCAUCGCCCAAACCUGCCACAAGCCCCGUCCACACACCUGCAUCUCCUGCCACAGGUCCUCCCACAGCCCCGCCUCCCCCAUGUGCAGCCCCCACUGUCGUAGAAAGGAACGAGGACGAAGGAGCUGGCUGGCAGGAGGUGGAGCCUCCCCCGCCUUCGUCCUCCUCUUACUCCUUAGACUCCUCCCACUCAGAGUGCAGCUCCACAGAGACUUAUGACGUCCCUCCUCCUGGAGAGCCGGCGUCCUCUUCCUCUGGCCCCGCCCCUGCGCCUCCUCCAUCCUCCACCACGGCAGUCCCUUGCUGCCCCGCAUCUUCAUCCCCGGCUCCACCUGCAGCCGAAGGUGAGGAUGAGGAGGAUGGAGGUGACAUAAAGCGACGUAGGAAGUUGUCCACUUCCUCCUCCUCCUCGUCUUCAUCCUCCUCAUCUGUCUUCUCCAAAUCCGUGUCAAAGUGUUUAUUGCCGGACGGCCGCACCGUGUGUGUCGGCGACAUCGUCUGGGCAAAGAUUUACGGCUUCCCCUGGUGGCCGGCACGCGUCCUGGGUAUCACUGUGGCCCGCCGCGGUGACACAGGCCUGGCGGUACGGCAGGAGGCGCGCGUCUCCUGGUUCGGCUCCCCUACCACAUCCUUUCUGCCGCUUUCUCAGCUCUCACCCUUCCUUGAGACAUUUCAGUCGCGCUUUGACAAGAAGAGGAAGGGGCCAUACCGCCGCGCCAUCGCUGAGGCCGCCAGCGCGGCCAAACAGCUCACCCCCGAGGUCCGUGCGCUUCUCACGCAGUUCGAGACGUAACAUAGGCCCUGCCCCUAUAAAAGAGUUCCCACCCCCCCCUA